AUGUUCAAAUUGACUGCUUUGGUAUUCGCUGCUAUUUUCGCCUUGGCUGCCGCUCGUCCCAGCUACUUGGCUUCCUCUCCCGUCGUCUACUCUUCCCACUAUGAACAACCUAUUGUAAGAUCUCAUUACUCUGUACCUGUGGUCAAGACUGUUGUGGCCCCUGUAGUCCAUGCUCCCGUUGUUCACCACUCUAUUGUUACUCCUGUUGUCCACUCAGCACCUUUGGUUCACUCUGCUCACUUAGUUCACUCUUCUCCCUUGGUGCACUCUACUCAUUUAGUGCACUCUGCUCCUUUAGUACACUCCGCUCCCUUAGUGCAUUCCGGCCCUGUUGUCCAUGCUGAUUCCUUGUACCAUUCCUACGGUGCUGCUUAUGGUGGCUUCAAAAACUAA